AUGGCUGAGCUGGGUGGGGGUAGUGUGGUUGACGAUAAUGGUUGUAUCUUGAAGAUACUAAGCCACCAAAAUGCUCCCAGCCCAACCAAAAUCCAAAAAGUCGAAGGAUUAUAUCCCCCAGUCCAGUCCAGUCCUACCCAAUCUACUGCAGGAACCAGAAACUAA